AUGGCCAUCCAGACUACAACCGUUGCGAGCCUCCCCUCUAGGGCAGAAACAGAAGCGGCUUCGAACCCGACGACGGUGCCGUCCGUCUCCGUCCUCACGCUCACGGAAAGGUAUCUCACGACGACUUUCACCCCGCCGGCGUCGUGUCGCGAGGUACAUCUUACGCAGUUGUCGUCGCCGGGGUAUCAACUUUGGCUCAAUGAGCCGCAGCCCGUGCCGAAUUCGAAGAUUGGGGAUUGUUAUCCGUCGGGGUAUAUCAAUGGGUAUACUAGUGAUACAAAAUGCCUCGAGUUCUAUCGCUCCUAUGUUCUCGCCGCUGGUCUGUCCCGAAGGUUGGAACACGGCGAGGACGUGGCCGAAUGGAUAUAUAGCUUGUUGCGCCUCGUGGAAAUCAAAAAUGAUAUAUCAUCUAAGCAAGCCAAUUAUUAUAUGACGGGGUCUAAUUAUAGCGAUAGUGGUUUUCAACUUCAUCUUCCCGACGAACCGGUGGACACCAACCGGCCGGCGUACGGGGGUACCUGCUAUAGUAAUUUUCAAGUCGGCCAGACUGCUACGGUCACGGCGUAUGAUAGCGCGAGUGUUACGGCGACGGUCGAAUGGGUCGCCUCGGCUACUAACGACCAAGCCUAUGCGCAUCCCAUAGACGGCUUUGCACUAAGUACGGACGACUCAAAAUCCACUGGACUCUCAGGUGGCGCAAUUGCAGGCAUCGUAAUAGGCGUCCUAGCAGUCGUGAUCGCUAUUCUCGUUGGCCUACUAUUAUUCUUGAGACGAUAUCGCCAGAAGAGAAAGCAAGCGCCCUUCGACGGAUUCCAGCAAGUUCAGCCGCAGCAAGAACUUCCCCAAGAGCAAUACAACAAUAAGGAGCCUUUAGUCUCACCCGGCACCACUUACACACAAUCGACAUAUACCGCCGCUACCGGAAUUUAUGAGGGCCCAACGCCUCCUUACAAGCCUACGGAACAUUACGAACUUGAUUCUCAGACGCCGAAUGAGCUUGAUUCGGGCUGGGCAGGAGGCGAGCUGGAAAAUCGGGAGGUGCCGGCGCAUAGACGGAAUUAA